UGUGAAGGCAGCACGGUGUCACGUGACCGGAGCACAGCUGAGGGAUGCCGAGGGAGGGUUGCCAGUUACUAGCCUGUUAGCCACGUUAGCCCUGCCUGGUAAUCCUGGCAGAUACAGCCGUUUCCUUUUCGCAUAUCGGAAAAAAACACCCGACGGAGACACACCACAAGUCAUGGAGAGGGUCCAGCGCGUGUGGUCGUCUCUUGUAUCCCCUCAAAUCGUCAGCUUUCGGUUAGAUGUCAAUGUCAUAGUUUGUAGCUAGGGCUGCUCGGUUAGCUCGGCUAGCUUGUGUCUGGUUAACGCAGGGCCAAGGCCAAGGCCAGGCGAGAAAAGGGAGGCCGUCAGACAUUUGCUCUGUAGGUGGACAGAGGAGGAGAAGAAAGGAGUAGGACGUGAGUUUUGGAUCAGCCUUCGUAUUAAGUCGCCUCCACUAUCAUCAUCGUCACCUUCAGCUGAGCCAUGUCCUCGUCAGGGUGCUGCCACCUACCUGGCUCCCUUUGCGAUUACUCCGGUAACGCCGAAUCUGAUGCCUCCAAGGAUUCUGAGGAGUCUGAUUCUGCCGCGCAGGCCCAGUACAUUGCCAAGGUUACGGCUAAAGACGGCCGCCCACUCUCCACCGUUGUCAAAGCGGUGAGCCUGCAGAGCGAUGUGGGCAUGUGUCGGAUCUGUCAUGAGGGAGCUGGAGGGGAGACGCUGCUCUCACCCUGCGACUGCACUGGCACGCUGGGUAAAGUGCACAAGAGCUGCCUGGAGAAGUGGCUGUCCUCCUCCAACACCAGCUACUGUGAACUCUGUCACACAGAAUUCACCAUUGAACGGCGACCACAACCACUCACACAGUGGCUGAAGGACCCGGGCCCUCGCAGUGAGAAGCGCACACUGCUGUGCGACAUGGCCUGCUUCCUUCUCAUCACGCCCCUGGCAGCCAUCUCUGGCUGGCUGUGUCUGAGGGGAGCCCAGGACCAUCUGCAGCUGAAGAGCAGACUGGAAGCUGUCGGCCUCAUCGCCCUCACCAUCGCCCUCUUCACCAUCUACAUCCUCUGGACACUGGUGUCAUUCCGGUAUCACUGUCAGUUGUACUCGGAGUGGAGGAGGACCAAUCAGAAAGUGCGCCUGCUCAUGCCUGACAUGAAAGGGGCGCACACCACCCAGCGUUCUGUGCCGACCAAGUCGACCAAGAAAAUGACUGACGAGACCAUCGUAUGAGUGCAGAGCGGUGGCAAGAGGAGUAUUUAAAAUAACGCCCACUGAAGCACUCUCUAAAAAAAACAAAUUAAUCAUAUUAAUAAACUUUUGCACUUCAUAAGGACCAUUGUGAGAGGGGAGAGCUACUCUACCCUCCUGUUUUGUUUUAUUGAAGCACUUGAUGUAAACUACUACGGUAUUGGCUGACCACAAAAGUGGUUUUUGGGAAGAACUCAUUCCGGAGUCAUAGUCGAUGUUGAAACACAGAGUUGUCACCGGACAGCCAGUGCUGGGACGUGAAUGACACAUGGAUGAUGGACUAACCAGCCCAACUGUACGUCUGUGACACAAACUUAUGAAUUACUAAGACACAAGCUAAUGUAGCAGGAUAUAACUGACUCAGCAUGCUACUACAGUAUAAUACGAAACAUAUUCACUACCUAUAAUUCCCCCAUGCCCCUUCACAAUGUAUUUAGCUGUUUUUGAACAAUGGGCGUCCAAUAGCCCAGCAGAGGACAAUAACCUAAAAACAUGAUUGACAAAGUCUAUCUGUGAAUAUUCUUUUUUUGACGAACCAACGCCGUCAUCUACAAUCUGAACCCCUCUGAAGUGUCCUGGGAAAGCUUUAUCAUUGCUGUCUGAACAAUCAAAAUCCUGUUUAGACAACAGCGAAAGCAUCACACAUUUAUCACACUUGUCAUGGGGUCAGUGAGGAUUGGUGUAGUCGGGGAACACUGACUGGAGCCGUUAAACGGCAGCGCAGUAACGUUAAAGGAAAAAGUAUUGAAGGUUUUGAAAAGUGUUUACAUUCUGAUCAGCUAAUGUCUCUACUAUUGUCAUCAAAGUGCAUUAGCAAACAGCCCUGCUCCAUGUGUAAAUGCACCAUUCAUUGACUGAGCUGCCUAGCAAUGACCAGUAGUUAUGUCAGACAUCACAAGAGAUGCAGUUUUUGGAUAGAGGAGACACAGUGUUCAGAAUAUUGAGACUACAGACUUCUGUCCUAUAAAAACACAGAUGUACCAGAGCAGGCUGGUACUCAGUACAGGUGCAAAAGCAAAAUGUGUUUCGAGAUGUCAAUCAGUGUACGCAGCAUAUGAUAUACAAAGUAUUCUGUGUUAUUGUAGUCUUCCUGCUGCAUCCCCCGGAAAGUUGGGUUAUUGUGCAAUAAAACACGAGGGACUCCUGGACUAAA